AUGUUAGCAGCAGUUCUGUUCUUUGUCCUGGUGCUCCUGACUCCCCUGCAGUUGGAGGCCAAGUUCAAGAGUCUCCACUGUACCAACUACGAUAGAUCCUAUGGCGAAAUACUACUGUGCAAAAUCAAGGCUAUCAAUCGGUACAGGAACUCGAUAAGUAUCCAAUUCAGGCAGUUGCGAACGGUCAAUAAUGUUCAUAUGCGUUUGGAGCUUUUUAAACGAGCCAACGGAUGGCGUCCUUUUCUUUACAAUAUAUCGUUUAAUCUGUGCGAUUUUCUAUCAAAAAGAAACAAUGUGAUCGUGAGCCUCGGAUACGAGUAUCUGAAACCUUACAUCCCAAUGACGAACUACACUUGCCCGUUUAAGAAAAAUCAUUUAAUUAAGUGUACCGACCUCGAAUUUGAUAUCGAAAAGUUCCGUGUUCGAUUUCCUAUAGAAACCGGGGAGUACGCGCUCCAGUUGAGCUUCAUUGUCCAGAGGAAAGUAACGUUGACCCUAAAUGGAUCUGCUGAAUACUACAACUAUCGAGAGCACUGA